CAUCUUCUUUCCUCAAACUCUCAAUUGUCAAUUACUAAACUGCUGCAGCUAUUUCAAUUUUGGAUAAGCUCAAGCCGGCUAUCGAAUACCUACGCCUUCCCGCCGAUUUGCUUAUUACGAUUUAAAAGCUCUUGAAGCAAUUCAAUUCCGUACCGCUAUGAUGAAUGGCCAUGCAGUAGAAAGUGGGAGUCAUCUCACCCAAGCCGGCAUCGAAGCUGCCAAGGCUGUAGCCCACGACGAGCCAGCAAUCAAAGAGCUCGACGCCUCAAAGCUUACAAUUACUCGAGCUACCGCUCCACGAGAUGUUCCUGCGGCCAAUUCGAAAGAGGCCACCAAUAUGAAAACCUGUACGGAUCAUAUGGUCAAGGUUACGUGGACGAGCGAUGCUGGAUGGCAUUCCCCUGUGAUCGAGCAGUAUGGACCUCUGACCAUGAUGCCAAUUGCAUCUUGUCUUCACUACGCCACGCAGUGUUUUGAAGGAAUGAAGGUUUACCGUGGCUAUGACGGCAAGCUUCGUUUAUUCAGACCGGACAAGAAUUGUGCUAGAUUGAACAUGAGUUCUGCUCGUGUGGCGUUGCCGCAAUUUGAUACUCAGGAGUUGGAGAAGUUGAUGAAAGCAUUCUUGGCGAUAGAUGGUCCCAAAUGGCUCCCCAAAUCUCGAUCUGGGACAUUCCUUUACUUACGUCCAGCUAUUAUUGGUAAUGGCGAGGAGAUCGGAGUCACUGCCCCAGCAGAAGUCCUUUUGUUCAUGGUAGCCGUUCUAUGGCCGGACUUUUCUACUCCUGGUCCUGGAGUGAAGCCAGGACUCAAAUUACUGGCUUCCAAGAACGAUACUCGAGCUUGGCCAGGUGGAUUUGGAUACGCAAAGGUCGGUGCCAAUUAUGGCCCUGCAUUCGUUGCUCAUAUGGAAGGAAGAAAGCAAGGUUAUGACCAGAUCCUUUGGCUGCUUGGGCCUGAACAACAUGUUACAGAAGCGGGUGCUAGCAAUUUCUUUGUUGUCUGGAAGACGAAGGAAGGUGCAUUACAGCUUGUAACUGCUCCUUUGGAAGGAAAGAUUAUUCUUGAAGGCGUCACUCGAGGAAGUGUGCUUGAUCUGGCUAGGGAGAGGCUGGUGAAGGGAUCGAAAUAUAUCACAUCCGAGUUGGGAAGCAUUGAGAUUGUAGAGAGAAUAUUCACCAUGUCUGAGCUCGUCGAAGCUUCUAACGAGGGACGACUUGUCGAAGCAUUUGUUGCAGGGACCGCUUACUUUAUUACGCCAAUCUCGGCUAUCAACUUCAGAGAUGAAGAAUUCGAGAUCCCCAUGGGAGAUGGCUCAUGUGGUCAUUAUGCUGCGCUGCUGAAGAAGUGGUUGGGUGACAUUAUGUACGGCAACGUAGAUCAUGAAUGGGGGGUUGUCAUCGAUGAGGAGUAAUGAUUCGUCCAACGGCCCUGCUGUACAUAAUCAUCUCC